AUGGCCACGGCUACGAAGAUCUUUGCCCAGCGCUUCGGAGGGGCCUCGGAAGUUCUCGAGGUGCCCUCGGAUCUGCUUCUCUCGGACCUGGAACACGCGCUGCAAAGCGUUUCCACUCCCAACCUUCUUUGGUUCCACCGGGGCCAACCGUUGGAGGAGCUUCGAAGGCCUCUUCCAAGCCGGCUGGUGCUCAAAGAGGGCUUCCCGAGGCGCGACUGGACUUCCUGGAGAGCGCCAACCUCGUACACAGUGCCCUCAUCGCUUGGCUUUCAAAGUGCAGCCGGGGUACAGCUGCGCCGGUCUUCACAGAGUCCUCCUGACGUGAGCCUGGUGUGUCGCGGUUUCGAGGACAACAACCGCGAUCGCUGGUUUUUCGCGAGCUACGAGGUGCUCGGUUGGGCAUUCUCCUCCUUCGCAUGGCGGCGGCUGGUGCUGCUGGGCUGCGAAAGGCGAGAGCUCCAGAUCCAGGGACACGCUGCCGCGCGUCGGGCACAGCUCCGUGCACUACGCGCCGACAUGGAGUCUAUCCGACUCGCUCAUGAUGUUCUGCUGACAGAGGCUGGAGAUGCGGGUGGUCUUUGGCCUUUCGGGGAAGAGUCGCGGAAGGAAGUGGAGCAGGAGCUGGCGCGUGAGCUUGAGAAGCGACAAGAUGCCGACAGCGACAUCCUGUACAAUCUGGGAGUCCUUCUGCUGAUGCAGCCGAGAAAGACGGAGUCAGACCUGCAUCAGGCUUUAGAGUUCCUUCAAAGGAGCUUGGCGAGCACACCCAGCCCCUGGGCGCAUCGGCUCUGCGAGCGGAUCAAAGAGCAGCUGCAGGAGGAGUCCACACCUGGAGGGAGAUACCAACGUCAAGAGACAGCCGCAACAUGGAACGAGCGAUUCGAUCCGGCAGCGGAGGAGCAGGAGGAGGAGGAGGAAGCCGACAUUACCCAGAAGCGGCAGACGGAAUUCGAAGAAGCCAUCGCGCGCAUAAGGAGUUCCAUGCGGGGCAGUGAAGAUGCCGGUCCUGCAGCGGCAGACGAGGAGCCUCGUGCUGCCACAGUGGGGUUCGCGAGAUCGAGCACGGUCGAAGCUUUGUCCAGCGUCCUCAACUCGUUGAAGCUGCGCCAGGGUUCUACUUCGGUGUCGCAGGUGCCGAUUCGAGCCACGGGGGUCUCGCUGGAGCAGAGGAGGCGGCGAAAGCUUCAACGCGCCUACCUCGCCUCGAGGCACGGCAGCCACAUGUGUCGCUUACGACGGCUUCCUGUCCUCCUGCACUGUGGGACUGGAACCUCGGAUGAGGUCCCAGAGGCCGCACCGGCUCCGGUGCCUCGGUUGCGCAUUGCGAGCCUCGAGGCGGUGCUGCACUUUGUCUCAGUGCCGGCUGAAGGGAUUCACCAGACUGACCUGGAGCUUUGCUCAGUGCUUUGGAUACUCCUGUAUUUCGGCUUGCGGCGUUGCCAUCCUGGAUUCCAGAAGCUGAAGUCGACUUUGAGCACCUCUCCUGUGCCUGCCUGUCUUAGCAUCGCCCGUCAUUUUGGGUACGGCGGUGGCUGCACGCUGCGAGAUUCCAAGAAGAACUUGGAAGACGUGCUGCUCCACGGCCUGUCAACCAUUCGUGGAGACCAGCUGGCGCUGGUCCAUGGCUUCGCCUCUGAAUACUCGAACGCGGGCCUUCCUGAGGAGGAUCAGCUGGCGGUCCUUGAUCGACGGAUUAAGCAGCUGGAGCUCGUGUUGGCGACUCCUCCCAAGGUGUAUCUACAGCAGGGCCACGCAGCACUGCAGCGGCAUGGCCCAUUAUCAAAGGCAAUUGCCAGCCAGGCGCCGUCCCACACGAUGGUCCCACCAUCUGUCCAGCGCAGCCGCAAAGGAAUACUAAUGCGCGGAGAGAAGGCAGAGCAGCUCGCCAGGAACACGAUCUCCAAGCUCAACCUCGUGGAUCUGGCUGGCUCCGAACGCAACGAUUCAGAAGAACGGAGCCAGGCAAAGGAAGGCGCCAACAUCAACAAAUCCCUCAGCGCAUUGAGCAACGUGAUUAAUGCCCUGAGCUCCAGUACUGGUGGAAGGCGUCGGGCCUUUGUGCCGUACAGGGACUCCAAGCUGACACGGGUUCUGCAGGAGAGCUUGGGUGGCAAUGCCCUCUGCACCAUGAUCGCAACAAUAAGCCCAGCAGAGAACAACAUGGAGGAAUCCUGGUCGACCUUGCAAUAUGCGAAGCGGGCCAAAACCAUCCGCGUGGUUGCGACCCGCAACGAGGAGACCAAGCAACGCCAGCAGCUGGAGAAAGAGGUGGAAGCCUUACGGCAACGGUCGCUCGAUGAGGCAGGGCCAGUGGACGAGUUGGAAGAGAAGCAUCGCGCCGAGAUCGAGGCUCUUGAAGCCUUCAUGCGGCAGACUUGGGAGGACAAGCAGCGUCUCUCCAAAGAGCACGAAGAGCAGAGGGAGCGGGCUCGGCUCGAGGUCCAGAAGGCCCUGGAACAACGACGCGGCGAACUGCGCCGCAGGCUCGAAGCCUUGGAGAAGCUUCAGGACAUCUCGGUGACUUUGCAGUCCUUCGUGGCAGCGGGGACGGCCUCAGAGCUUUGCCCCGGCUGGCCGGAUCGACUUGUCUCUACCUUGCGGUCUGCGACACUCCAGUCCCAGCUCCGAUCUGCCCGACUCUACCAAGAAGGGGUGGUGGCCGACUUCCGUCAACUCCUCGCGCGGGUCGCACCGCCACUUUCCACACGAACGGAUUUACUUCGUUGUUGGCCAGCAUUGAUCAGUAAAGCACUGGCAUGA